AUGUCAUCCUACACUCCGGCAGCAAUGCCAGCCACCCCGAACAAGCCCAUCAAGGAGGAAGAAAACCCAUCCCCAGCCCAGGCAGCCCAGGCAGCCACAGCCUCCCCCCUCGUCCCUCCACCGUCCCUACCCCUUGCGGACCCCAAGACCCCGAGCCAUGACAACAACAACAACAACAACUCCCCUGUGGCCCCGAUCACCCUAGACAACUACUACCAGCGCAGCAGCCUCACCGACAGCUCCCUGCCGAACCGCGUCAUCUACGUCUCCCUCCACCCGGACCACCCGGCCUUCGAGCCGCCCGCCCACGGCCGCAGCUUCCUCGACCGCCUGCCGGCGGAGAUCAUGCUCAACAUCACCUCGCGCCUGUCGCUCGUCUCGCGGGACCGCCUCCGGCAGGCCUCGCCCGCCUUCGAGCCCUACACGCGCCCCGCCGACGCCGACCUCGACCGCAAGCUCGACUACUACCACAGCGUCGACCUGGCCCGGUGGCGCGAGGACGUCGCCGCCGCCGGCAGCGCGGGCGGCGCAGGCGCGGGCGCAGCGGGCGCAGCGGGCGCAGCGGACGCGAACGCGGACACCUACCGCCACAUGUGCUACCGGUGCUUCGAGCUACUGCCCGCGGCCGACUUCUCCAAGGCCGCGCUGGGCCGGCCGCCGCGGCACGGCGGCAGCGGGCCCCGCCGGCGCAGGGAGCGCGAGGACUGCCGGCGGCAGUUCUGCCGCGCGUGCGGCAAGCAGGCGCAGAGGGAAGGCUCGCGCCGGGCCGCGGCCGCGCGCAAGGUCAGCAAGGCCGCGGCGCGCGCCGAGAAGGAGCGCGUCGAGGACCUGGCCAGCCUGAUCGGCGACUCGCCGGGCAAGGAGUGCGUGGUUCUCCCCGGCUCCCCGGCGGCGGCCGGCGCCGCAGGUGGUGCCGGUGCCAAUGACGUGGGCAACAACAACAAUGGCGGCUUGGGCCGCAAGGCUAGACACCGGCGGCAUUACGAGCGCGAGGAACUGGCCAAGGGCACGUAUGGAAGCUGGGGCGUGAAUCGCAACGAGGUCGACUGGUGA